AUGUUUCAUUCUAAGCUUUGGUUUCUAAAAAAGGUAGAUGUUUGUGUUAUUGGCGGUGGUCCUGCAGGUGUAGCUGCAGCUUUACGUGCAACCGAUUUCGGAAAAAAGGCCUGCCUUAUCGAAAAAUCAAGGAUUGGUGGUGCAGAUUUAUGGAAUGGUGCUCUUCAAUCCAAAACACUUUGGGAAAUGGCAAAUUUCGCUCACUACAUGAAAAACACUCAAAAUGUUUUUCAUGUGAAGAAAGAGAUGCCACCAAUUAAAUUUCAUCGCGUAUCUUCUUGUCUGAAAGAAGCUGCAGAGAAACGUGAGUCACAAAUUCUUCAUCAACUCAAAGCCUCAGAAGUAGAUACUCUUUUUGGGUUUUGUGCAUUCGAAACUCCGAACACAGUUCGUGUCAAUUUUCUUAACGGAGAAACUGAAAUAGUGGAAUCGGAUCAUUUUGUCAUUGCAACCGGUGCGCAGCCACGUGCGCAUCCGAUGGUUGUGGCAGAUGGCAAAGUAGUUUUUACAUCGGAUAAUGUUAUGCUGAAUCCAUUUCCUAAGAGUAUUGUUGUUAUUGGUGCAGGUAUCAUUGGUUGUGAAUUUGCCACCAUUUUUGCAAAAUUUAGCAUGACACAGGUAAAUUUAAUUGAAAAAAGCAAUCGAAUUUUGCCAAUGGAGGACGAUGAUGUUUCUUUCUGUGUUCAGGAUAUGCUUGAGAAAAGGGGUGUUAAUUUUCACCAUAAUUCUCAAAUGAUAGACUGUAAGGUAAAAAACGGCCGCUUCCAUUAUCUUCUCCGGGAUGUAAAAAAUGUUACUGAAAAGGAGCACGUCGUGGAUGCUGCCUUGAUAUCUAUUGGUCGUGUUCCAUGCCUUUCUAAUUUAAACUUGGACAAAAUUGGAGUUAAAUUAGAUGGUGGACGAAUUGAACGGGACAAAUUUCUUCGUGUGAAACCUCACAAACAUAUUUACGCAUGUGGGGAUGCUGCUACUCGUGUAGCUCUCGUAAAUGUGGGUGAGCUUGAAGCUCAAAGUUGCGUAAACCAUAUGUAUAAACCAUAUCCAGAGGAUCAACUUAUAGGUGGUUUUGAUAACUUAUCUACUAUUAUGUUUUUGGACCAAGAAGUAGCAGCUGUGGGGCUAAAUGAACUGCAAUGUCAAAAAAUGAACAUUUCUUAUAAAAUAGCACGGUACGCUUAUAAAUUUGUUGGUCGUGCUUUGGCCAUGGGGAGCGAUCAAGGAUUUGUAAAAUUGAUUGUUACAAAUGACGAAAAAAUGCAGGUAUUAGGCGUACGGGCAAUUUCCCCUCAUGCCAGCAGUGUUAUCGAGCUUGCUUCUCUUGCUAUACACAAUAGGGAGUCAGCCUAUACACUGAGUGGACUCCAUACUGCAUAUCCUUCCGUAACACAAGGGUUCAAGGAAUGCGUUAAUAUGCUUCUUGGAGUCUCUACAUUGAAGCCAAAUGUAUUUCCUGAGCUUGUACUGAAAGAGUGGAAUCCACCAAAUUUCGAGAGAGGUCGUGCAUACCAAAAGCAAUCCAAUUAA